AUGGGGACCGAGCGCAAGCGUAAGAUCAGCCUUUUCGACGUUCCGCCGGAGACGAGCCGUCAGAAGGUGGAUGGAUUCGCAGAUGCGACAUCGGCGGCGGCGGCUGUAAUCGCCGCGGCCUCGGCGAAUGUAUUAGCCGCGGCUGCUUCAACGACGAUCAACCCGUAUAACGGCCGGCCGUACACGCAGCGGUAUUUCGACAUUCUCGAGAAGCGGAAAACGCUGCCGGUGUGGCAGCAGAAGCAGGAAUUUGUGGAUCUGUUGAAGAAACAGCAGAUCAUCGUGCUCGUGGGAGAGACGGGCAGCGGGAAAACGACUCAGAUCCCGCAAUUUGUCGUCGAGUGUUUGAACGCGACGAACAAGAAGCAGGUGGCGUGCACGCAGCCGCGGCGCGUGGCGGCGAUGUCGGUGUCGCGGCGAGUGGCGGACGAGAUGGAUGUGACCAUCGGCGAGGAGGUGGGCUACUCCAUCCGAUUCGAAGACUGCAGCGGACCCAAAACCUGCCUCAAGUACCUUACCGACGGUAUGCUGUUGAGAGAAGCCAUGGCAGACCCACUUCUAGAACGGUACAAGGCGAUCAUUCUGGACGAGGCACACGAGCGCACACUGGCGACGGACGUGCUGUUUGGGCUGCUCAAGGCCGUGCUGGAACACCGGAAAGACCUCAAGCUCGUUGUCAUGAGCGCCACUCUCGAGGCCGAGAAGUUCCAGGGAUAUUUUCACGGCGCUCCCCUCAUGAAGGUCCCUGGACGGCUGCACCCCGUUGAGAUCUUCUACACUCAGGAGCCUGAAAGGGACUAUCUAGAGGCGGCCAUUCGCACGGUGGUGCAGAUCCACAUGUGUGAGCCGCCGGGGGACAUUCUCGUGUUCCUGACGGGGGAGGAGGAGAUUGAGGACGCGUGCAAGAAGAUCGCCCGGGAGAUCCAAAACCUCGGCGACCAGGUCGGCCCCGUCAAGGUCGUCCCACUCUACUCCACUCUACCGCCCGCCAUGCAGCAGAAAAUCUUCGACGCUGCCCCGCCGCCCGUCAAAGAAGGCGGCCCGCCCGGCCGAAAAAUCGUGAUCUCCACAAACAUCGCAGAAACCUCCCUCACGAUCGACGGAAUCGUAUAUGUCAUUGAUCCCGGAUUCUCAAAACAGAAGGUCUAUAACCCGAGGAUUCGCGUCGAAUCCCUCCUGGUCUCCCCGAUUUCCAAAGCCUCGGCGCACCAGCGGGCGGGUCGCGCCGGCCGAACGCAGCCGGGCAAAUGCUUCCGUCUCUACACCGAACGCUCCUUCCAAAAAGACCUCCAGGAGCAGACCUACCCGGAGAUCCUCCGGUCGAACCUUGCGAAUGUCGUUCUAACCCUGAAAAAGCUGGGUAUUGACGAUCUCGUGCACUUUGAUUUUAUGGACCCGCCCGCGCCGGAGACUCUGAUGCGGGCGUUGGAGCUGUUGAACUACCUGGGGGCGCUGGACGAUGAGGGGAAUCUGACCAAGCUGGGGGAGCUGAUGAGCGAGUUUCCAUUGGACCCGCAGCUGUCUAAGAUGCUUGUUGUCUCGCCCGAUUAUAAUUGCUCCAACGAGAUUCUGUCAAUCACGGCCAUGCUCUCAGUGCCUAACUGCUUCAUUCGUCCGCGGGAGGCACAGAAGCAGGCGGAUGAGGCCAAGGCACGCUUCUCCCACGAGGAUGGGGACCACCUCACUCUGCUCAACGUGUUUCAUGCCUAUAAACAAAACGGCGAGGACCCCAGCUGGUGCUACGACAAUUUCGUCAAUGCACGAGCGCUCAAGGCAGCGGACAACGUGCGCAACCAGCUGGUGCGCAUCAUGAUGCGCUACGGGCUCAAGAUGUGCUCCACGGCCUUCGAGUCGUCCGCCUACUACCCCAACAUCCGCAAGGCGCUCUUGGCCGGAUUCUUCAUGCAGGUGGCACAUUUGGAGAGGACAGGGCACUAUCUGACAGUCAAGGACAAUCAGAUAGUGCAUCUGCACCCAUCAACAGGCCUGUCCCACAAGCCAGAGUGGGUGAUCUACAACGAGUUUGUUCUCACCACCCGGAACUUCAUCCGCGUUGUCACCGACGUCAAGGGCGACUGGCUACUGGACAUCGCCCCGCACUACUACGACUUGGCCAACUUCCCUCAGUGCGAGGCGCGGCGGGUGCUGGAGCGCAUUGUGCUCGUGCGCAACCGGGACAGAGUCGAGGCAGCUAAAAAGGGGGAUAGCUAG